CCAUGAAGAAAGGUCAAUCCUUAUGUUUGUACGGACCCUUUAGUUUGUUGCACAGGAACUAGUCUGUGGGCAUGAGUGGAGCUGCUGGGAUUUUUAAUUGAAGAGCGUUUUUACUUAAAGAAAUUGAUGGAGGACACCAAAACAAUGGAGCCACAGAUGAAACGCUGGAAAGGGUCAGCAUGUGACGCCGACUCUUGGGUCGCUUAUCCUGUACUUUCAGAUGAACAGUCACAAGACGUCGAGCUAGUGGAGGCAUUCGCUGCGCCCAUCAUUGACAAGAAAGAGACGUCUGGACUCAUCAGGGAGCUAAGCAGCAUCUACCCGUUGGAAGGCCUUCAGCACAUCAAGAGGGUUCGGGCCUGCAAGGAGAAGGGCAGCCGUCACCCUCUGGAGAUCCUCCUGUGCCUCGUCAGUGAUGCAGCAGGCGUGAAGGUGGUCAGCAUCGACUCUCUGCUGCCUUCAGGUGGAAGUAAAUGGGUGGGAUUAGGUGAACCUUUUGUGGUUAAGAUUCCUGCACGCCCCCCCUUGACCCGCCCUCAGUUUGAGCUGGCAAGCCAGUGUUGGCCCACAUCCUUUCAUGAGGACAAACAGGUGACAGUCGCCCUGAAAGGAGAACUCUUCAGCCCUCAGCAGAAAGCAAGGAUGCACAUGUACAUGAUGUCUGCUCUGACUGCUGCCAAAGCUGCAAAGGAGCUGGGGAUGGAGGCGGUCGGGGCUGUGGUUGUUGACCCUGAGGAGGAGAGGAUCGUAGCGGUUGGACACGACUGCAGAGGUGACCACCUCUUACAUCACGCAGUCAUGGUCUGCAUUGACCUCGUGGCGCGGAGCCAGGGUGGCGGAUGUUAUCGCUUUGACAGAUACACAGCUUGUCAGUUCACUUCACUCAACUCAAACACAUCUCAAAACUUGUCAGAUUCAGUGUCAAGCCCUCAGGCGUACAUCUGCACUGGGUAUGACCUGUACGUGACCAGGGAGCCCUGUGUCAUGUGUGCCAUGGCACUGGUGCACUCACGCAUUUCUCGGGUUUUCUAUGGGACAGCUUUCUCUGAUGGAGCAUUAGGGACAAAGUUUAAAAUCCACACUCAGAAAGAUCUGAACCAUCGCUUUGACGUGUACAAAGGAGUGCUGAGGAAGCAGUGUGAGGAACUUAUUGAGGACCUCAACAAAAACAGCUCAGAUGGAAGUGGGGAAUAAAUACAUGUAUGUUUCAUCCUGACAUAACUGUUUCACACAGCAUUUAUUUUAAAUAAAGUUUUGAAUUUGG